AUGGUGCGGGUUUUAUCCUCAGCUGCUGCGUUCUGCUGUGAAAUCAUGGACGCACACACUCCAUUGAAUGCAACAACAUCGAGCUAUGAAACUAUGGUGGACACCGUGUUCUUCAUCUUCAACUGCACAGUCUUGACGCUGACACUAGUCUUAGGGUUACCAGGGAACUUGUGGGUUUGUUGGGUUGUUUUCAGGACGAAGAGCCUGCAGACGUGCAACAACGCACUGCUGGUCAGCUUGGCCGCCAGCGACCUGCUGAAGUGCUCCGUGGACACCCCGCUGCUGCUCUUCUCUUUCCUGCGAUUCGGGAAGGACAGCCAGGUGUCCGUGUCUGUGUGCACCCUGCAGCAGUUCACUUACGCGCUGUGCAGCUGCGUCCAGCUGCUCACGCUGGUCAGCAUCAGCGUGGAGCGCUUCCAAGCCAUCGCGUUUCCUUUCCAAACAGAAGGGAGGAGAGCGAGGAUCCGCGUGUGGAUCCUGUCCAUCUGGGCAUGCGGCCUUAUCCUUGCUAUCGUCUCUUUGACUCUGUGCAAAAAAGCGCUUUUUUACAUGCUGUGCCGUCCACACGUUUCCGUUCACUGGGACGAGCGUCUUCAAUACAGGGACCCAUUUGGACCAUAUGUCCUAGUUCCAGUUUGGGUUCUAUCGCUGACUGUGAUCGUUAUCCACUACGUGCGGAUAUUAAAAGUUGUAAGGAAGCAUCGAAAGAAAGUUUUUAGCCGUGGAGUCCAGCUGAGGCCCACUGUGUCCAAGCACGCGUGGGGCUGGCUGAGUAUCCCGGCUUCAGCACCGCGGACAGCUCCGCUCGCCUCCCUCAAGUCCCUGGCCGCGGUGGGCUCCGGCUCCCGGAUGCCUCCCCGGCGGACCGUGCUCUUGGUGUCAGAAGCCAGCGGUCCCUGUGCGGGCUCGUCCACGGGGGUUGCCCCAGAGAGACAUCCGGACAUUGUGGGUGCAGUGUGUCUCCUCAAACCAGGAGCCAAGGAGCGAGGGAAGAAACAGAUGGAAGGGAAACUGGCAAAACGUUUCGGGUACAUAAUCAUUGCGUUCACGCUUUUCUGGGUGCCAAUGGUGGUUGUUUUGCUGAUGAACGUCAUUUCGUGGCAGGACAAGGACAAAUUGCUGAUGGAGCUGGAGACUUCAGCGAUGGUGCUGACCUGCAUGCAGGCUGCUGUGGAUCCACUCAUCUACACCUUAGUCACUAAACAGUUCCGCUCUGAACUCAGCAAGAUCUUCUCCUCCAUCCCAGGGUGUCCCUUAAAAUUGAGGACGUGAAGAUUCCCUGCUUAAACAUUUGGGUCACACAGGCGCCACUUUGGAGAAUCGAAAAUAUCACUGAGUCUAUAAAUAUAUAUAAACUGCACAUACAGAGUGAUUUAGAGGCAGCUGAAGAAGAGAGCCCACAGAUUAUGUAUUUGUGGCAGAUAUAGAUGUUUUAUCAGGCGUUUCACAGUCGGGACACAAGACAAGGUCAUAAAUAAUAUCCAACACCUGACAAAAUACACACAGCAGUAGUCUCAACAACGACAGGUGGCAUAGAAGGGCAAAGCAAAGAGUGAGAGGAAAACUGAUUGAGCCCAGAAAAGACAAUAAAAGGAGAGAGUACAUAACAGAGAAAAAGAGACCAACACAAUCACAAACCUCUGCUUUUGUUUGUAAAUCAAAUGCCAUCCUAUGAUACUUUGAAUGAAUAUUUGUGACAAUAAUUCACACUGUGUCAUUUCAAAGUGCAGCGGACACAAAAAAAACUGUCUUUAAACAGAGAAACAAUAAAUAAAAAAAUACAAUGUUUUCAUCCUGAAAACAAAUGAUACAGGGAACCUCACCUCU